UAAAAAAGCGAUAUCAAUGACCUUGAUACUAGAAUCAUUUAACAGUACGCGGAUGUUAAUUUACCAUCAGUUUAAAAAGUUUCUUCCCUCACCUCCGUGGAGACUUUGGUCGUGCAGCGUUCACUGUCACACGGUUUCCGAGGUUGUUUUACAACUCAGCGACCACAAAGGACCCUCCAAUAACCAGGUAAUAAAAAGACGCAGAAAAGAAAGACCUUCAUGUCCAUCAGUACUGGACCGCUUUGACGAGCAGUACAGUCAAGAACUUGGCGACUUGUGGGCAUCUUCUAGAGCAGUGCUCCUGGACCCUCACUCGUGGCAGUAUGGAGUCAUGCUCAACCGCUUCAGUGCUGUGACAGACAUCACACAGAUUCUCCAGUCACAGGGCUUUUCCUCAUUGCUGCUGCAAACACAUGUCUCCAGGGUGAUUUCUAAUGCCCCCCCAAUAGCUUCAAAUACUAAAUACAAAGCAGGAAAUGAGUCUCUGCUGCCAACCACCUACGUCUCCAAGUGCCCUCGUGAUGACGGCACCACUAAUGCAUUCAGUCAGGAACUUCAAUUGGAGUCGUCACUCAGUUUGUCCCGUCCUUCUCUACAAUGUUACAUCCACCCAUAUCCACUAUGGUUUCCCUCUCAGGCCCACAGGCCUGGCCAACUGAAGCAAUACUACCUCCUUAAUGCUGCCUCCUUACUCCCAGUGCUGGCUCUGCAUGUCAGAGAUGGGGAAAAGGUUUUGGAUCUUUGCUCUGCCCCCGGGGGCAAAGCCAUAGCCAUGAUGCAGUGUGCCAAACCAGCACUUCUUUGCUGUAAUGAACCGGACCCUCACAGAAGGGACUGGCUGAGCAGAACCCUGGAGUCUUUUCUGCCCCACUCACUGAACACCAGAGUGAUUGUGUCUGCACAGGAUGGACGCUAUUUUGGGCAACACGAAGCAGGAACAUAUGACAAGGUUUUAGUUGAUGCUCCGUGCUCAAAUGACAGGAGCUGGUUGUAUUCUAGCAGCAGCCAGCAGGGGGAACAGAGGCUAAAGGAAAGAUCCAUGCUGCCUGCGCUCCAGGCUCAGCUGCUAAGGUCUGCAAUGUCAGCUGUGCGUCCAGGAGGCGUUGUGGUCUAUUCAACCUGCACACUGUCCAGCUCUGAGAACUUUGCUGUUGUCGAGACAGUGCUGAAUGAUUGUCCUGAGGCUGAACUUGAAGACCUUUGGGAGGAGAUUGCCAUUCCUUUAUCUAAAUACUUUACAUUUAGUCCUGCUCACCCAGAUCAUGGACAGACACUUCACAAGCCCCCCCUGCAGCCACAGAACAGUACUUUGUCUUCUUAUCAACACAGACUCGGUAUUUUAGUGGUGCCUCAGCCCGGCAAGACCUGGGGACCCAUGUUUUUGUCUCGGAUUAGAAGGAGAAAAUAGCGUGUGUCCUCCUGUGCAGAGAAGAUAUUUUUGGUACAAAUGGAUGUAAACAUACACAUUUUUGUUUGUACUGCUGUUGUUACCUCUGGGUUCACCUCGUGGGACUGGAUUGCAACUCACUCACACAACCAGAAACAGUAAACUCUCCAGCGCCAGCUUGAAAUGCUUAUAGAGGGAGCAAUGAACAGCAGCAGUACUUUAGGAAGGCAGAUAAACAUGUAGGUGUUGCUAAACAGGCAAAAAUGGUCAACAGUUUUACUUCUUGCGCGUCUACAUGACAAUAAGUGAUGAAGCUCCAGCUUUAAAUGUAACUGCAGCUCUUCUUAGUGUGAGUGUAGCAAGAUAGUGCUACAUUUAAAAUGUGUACUAGCAUACUCAAAAUAACAGAACAUUGCUCCAAUCAUCCAUACCUAGCUCCAAUAUGACAGUGUGGAAGGACUCUCUUGAACCUAAAGAGAACAAUCACCUGAACCUGCACUAAGUUCAGCUCACUGUUGAGCUCACACUUUGCUCUCAUAGCAACAUUUUCGAGCAGCAGCAGGCAAAUGUUUACACUGGGAAACUAUCAGCAACUAAGCCUAAUGUCUUCCUCAGCAGUUGGUAGAGACUAGAAACAAAAUAAAAAGAGAGUGAAUAUUGUUCUCACACAUGCCAGCUGCACAUAAAAAACAGAACUCCAAAUAAAUGAUAGUGUUGUUCCAAACUGUUCAUAACAAAUCAACUUAAUCUGAUGAUGUGUGGUCACAACUUUUCUCAGCUGGCAAGAAAUGAUCAGUAAUUUCAGCAGUAUUUUUUUUUUUUGUGAGCACCAGACUUGAUUCAAAUUAUUGUUUAUUUAUUUUAUUUAUCUUUUAUUGGGUUGGGCAACUAUGGAAACUGCUCACACAGCAGAACUACAAAUACAGGGUAUUGAUAAAAGCCAUUUUUAUAUUGCUUCACAUACAUAACACUGUCCACUUUGUAUAAUAAAAUUGAUAACACCCCAAGA